AUGAAAGACUGUCAAUACGGGGAACUACUUCUUUACUCUGAAGUCCGAUGGUUAAGUAGGGGAGGAGUGCUGAAACGUCUUAAUGAUAUGAUAUCUGCCAUAGUUCGAUUUCUCAAACAACGAGAUGAACCGAUUCCGGAACUGGAAAAUUCGAUCUGGCUUAGAGAUUUUGGCUUUCUUUUGGAUAUUACAGAACAAUUAAAUGAACUUAAUUUGCAGCUUCACGCGAGAGACAAAGAACUAGAAGAAAUGACUUCCGAUAUAAAAGCGUUUCUCAAAAAGCUUGAGUUUUGGGAAAAAAUCGAUGGCGAUACCAGGCAUUUUCCUGUGCUUUCAGAAAAGAUAUCUCAAAGUCCAUUAGAACCAUAUGACAGUAAAUAUCAUGUAGAAAUAGUCUCUAACUUGGAGGAUAACUUCAAAAAUCUUUUCAAGGAUUUCAACGAAAUUGCUACAAUGGCGCAAUUUGUUGUUUCACCCUUCAUGGGAAUUGAUAUCCAACAGUUUGCAACUUCUGUAACGCAUCAUUUUGGCGGAGACAUCGCUCCGACAUAA